GCUGCUGCUCCUCCUCGGGGGGUUUUAUCAUCGGCGCUCCUCCCCGCGGGAAGAGGAAAGAGAAGAGGAAGCGGCUGAGGGAGAAGGGAGAGAUGACGAGGGGCGAGACCAUGGUGGAGCUCGACUUCUUCCGGAUCGAGAAGGAGAACGCCGCCAGGUUCCGCGGCGUGGAUCGAAGAGGCUCCGUCCGAGGCAUCGAGAGCGUGAUCUCCGGUAUCAACCCUCGGCUUCUUCGGACCAUGAUCGCCCCCGGUGCCGCUUGGAGGGCCGCAGCGCCUCCUUUGUCGGCGGAGACCACCCUGUUCUUCCCCUCCUCGUCUCCGUCGACGAUGCCGGCUCUAAAUCCGUCCUUCCGAUCGAUCGGGGAGACAUCGAAGGGAACGCCGCCGCUGACGAUCUUCUAUAACGGCAUGGUGGCCGUCUUCGAUCUCCCACGAGAGAAGGCGGAGGUUAUCUUGAAGUUGGCGGAGGAGGGGGAUGCACGAAACGUCCAUACCGGAGACCUACUGCCGAUGGCGCGGCGGAAGUCGCUGCAGCGAUUCUUCGAGAAGCGCAAGCAGAGGUUGACGGCGGUCGGGCCAUACACGAAGGACGUCGAGGAGGUGGGAUCGGGGAAGAAGGCGACUUCGGAUCCCAUUUCAGCUUCCAGUUUGUGACUUCCAUUGUUGCUGCUCUGUUAAAAGUUGUGUUAGGUAGCCUCGACUGGGCUUCUAUGGUUCCAUGUUUACGCUUCUUCGGUUGCAAUCAACUACGAUCUCAUGUACUGUUGCUUUUGUGCUUGCGAACGCCAUUAUCUCUA